GCCGCCGUGCUCUUUUUGACUCGGCAAGCAGUGGUCCAUGGCGGGCUUUAGGGGUUAGGGUUUCGGUUUCUUCUCCGAAGCUGCGAUAACUGUUGGUAUUUGAAUUGGAUCCAAUCGAAGGUUUCUCCGCGUAUAGCGAUCCCGCUCUCUCGAGAAUCACACCUCCUCCGUGAUCAGCUUCUCCAGAUCUAGGUUCAUUGAUCUGAACUUUGAUUUGGCGGCGUUGGCAGUUUUUUCAGUGGUAAUUGUUGAAGGAUAGAAGAAGAAAAUGCGGACACCAUCGCUGCUUGCGCAAUGCUUUCCAGGCUUGAUGCCCCAUGACAAGAAUGGUCAUGGUGUUUCCAUUGUUUCGGAAAGGGAUUUGAUUCUUCCCUCACCAGCUGUUGAGAUUCUUCCUUCAAAGAAUGCUCACCCUUACAAGUAUGCUGGAGAGAAUGUUGAUUUGCAAGGUCUAAAUAUUUUCAAGGGAAGAGUUAGUGUAGCUGACAUGAUUGGAUUUCCCGGUUCAGAGAUGAUAUCAUCAAAACAUGAUGGAUCUCUGAAAUACUGGGAGGGUUCAAUUGAUCUUGUCAAUACUCUGAAGCACGAGAUACGCGAUGGGCAGUUGAGUUUCAGGGGCAAACGGAUUCUAGAGCUUGGUUGUGGGUAUGGUCUGGCUGGGAUAUUUGCUUGCCUGAAGGGUGCUUCUACAGUGCAUUUUCAGGAUCCAAAUGCAGAAACUAUAAGAUGCACAACCAUUCCCAAUGUCCUGGCAAAUCUUGAGCAGGCUCGGGAUAGGCAGAGCCGCCAACCAGAGAGUCCACUCACCCCAUCUCGGCAACAAUUGUCUCCUGAUGUCCAUUUCUAUGCUGGGGAUUGGGAGGAGCUCCAUACAGUCCUGUCUGUGGUGCAGAUGGAUGGGUUUGAGCCAGCACCUGGGACAAGCCUCAGCUUCUCUGAGGAUGACUUCAUGGAUGGAUGCAGCAGUCAAGAUGGAAGCAUCACUGGUCAUGAUCCUUCCUCCAGGCGAUCAAGGAAGCUCUCAGGAAGCCGUGCUUGGGAGAGGGCAAACGAGACGGACACAGGAGAUGGUGGUUAUGAUAUUAUUUUAAUUACUGAAAUCCCAUAUUCAGUGAGUUCUUUGAGGAAGCUAUAUGCCCUUAUAGCAAAGUGCUUGAGACCACCAUAUGGGGUGUUGUAUUUGGCUGCCAAGAAGAAUUUUGUUGGUUCCAAUGGUGGAGCACGGCAGCUGAGAGCUCUGGUGGAUGAGGAAGGUAUUUUUGGUGCCCACAUGGUUACUGAAUUGGCAGACAGGGAAAUUUGGAAGUUCUUUUUCAAGUGAGUAAAUUCAGGGAAUCAAGAAAGAUGUCAUUCCCCAACUUCAUGAUCGCAUGGUUUCGGUUCUUAUACACUGUAUAUACCACCAAUGUCUAAUUUCUUCUUUAAUUUUAUUUGAUAAUAAGGCUCAGAAUAGUUGGUUCCAUUAGCUUGCUGAAAUGUUGCAAUGCUACGUUUUUGUAGAUUUUUAUUCUUUUUUUCAUAUUGAUAUGUACACAAUAGGAGAAAUUUAAAGUUUGAUUUAUAUAUGUGAAAGUUCCUUUUUUUUCCAU